GCGUGAGUGCUGUCGUCUCGCGAUGUUCGACAGUGUUCGACGAUUCGAGCAAUCGACGAUUAUCCCUCGGAACACGGGGGCCGUAAACAUACGGUUGCCGCGAAUCGUUCAGCUUUGUGUCAUUCUGUGGACGAGUAUCACGUGCGUCCCGUGCCAAAUUGAUUGGCCACGUUGCGAGAACGAAUUGCAUCGAAAUCGUUUUACGGGCAUUCGAUCGUUUCGUGGUUAUUCCUUUGAUUGAACUUGGGAAUCGACGGAUGCCCCGUCGUGGCAUGGGAUGAGUGCUGUUGGAACGGAUCGGGUGAAAGAAUAUGUGGUUCCGCGCGGGAUAGAUAGAGUUCCUGUCUCACGGUGAUUAAAGAGGUAUAAAGAAGGUUGUGAAUUAUAUUUGUUGUUGGGUUGUCGAGGUGAUUGUGGAUACAUUGGAAGUUGGAAAAGUUUGGAAAAGUGCUCGCGUAAUCGACAGACGUGCCGGAUCGCGCGGCGUCGCCGGGGCUCUUCAGCAGUAGUCGAGAGGAUCCGGUGGAGGAAUCUGCGGCGCAGAAGGAGAAAAAAGAAAAGAAAAGGGGGAACACACGAAGGCGAUAAAGGGAGAAUCUGGUGGAGGAUCGACGAGAGGAAGUGGGGCGCCGGUGCUGGCCACCGGGACCAAUCAUCCUUUCCUUCCCCAGGAUGUCGUACGCCAAUCGAUUCCCGUCUUCGCAGCACACCCGUUAUCGAAGCAGCUGGGGACCCUCCUCGGUCACCGUGUUCAAUCGAGCCGAUGUGCCCAGGCCCUCGCCGGAAGAGGAAGAGUACGCCGAGUUCUAUCACGAGCGUCUGCACUCGGCACAGAGCAGACAGUUGCUGCCGUUGCAGGAGGACCUGGCCGAUUGGAUCAAUAAAACGUUGAACUCUGAAAUUGUAUCGGGAGACAACUUCUUCGACGCUCUGGACAAUGGCGUGGUGGUGUGUCGACUGGCGAGGGUUAUACAGGAAAAGGCGAGGACGGCGAUCGACGCUGGAAGAGCGAAAGGGCCCCUACCGGUGAUAAAAGGUCGUUGCUGGGAGAACGCGGCGCGUCGCAGUUUCUUCUCCCGCGACAACAUGGAGAACUUUAUACAAUUCUGCAGGCGUCUGGGCGUGCACGAGAAUCUUCUAUUCGAGAGCGACGAUCUCGUUCUACAUGGACAGCCGAGAAACGUUGUGUUGUGCCUGUUGGAAGUGGCCCGACUCGCGUCGAGGUAUUCCGUCGAACCACCAGGACUCGUGCAGCUCGAGAGGGAAAUCGCCGCCGAACAAGAGCGAGAUCUUCACUGUCUGUCUGAUAGCGGUAUAUCCCGCAGCAGUCUGGUUUCUUGGCAGUUUCAAUCACCGUCACCGACCGCAACGCCCAGACCUCCUUCAGAGAAGAUCAAACAUAGCAGUUCAGCAUCAGAAGUCGCGUUGACGGCGACAGGAUGGCUGGAUCCGAGCAACGGUGUGACGCACGAGCCCGAAAUGAGAAGGUCGAUGAGCGAUAAUGGGCCACCAAAAGGUAGCGAUGGGGAACCGAGCGACACGACCGAGGAUGACUGGUCACGUGGAAGCGCGGAGGAUCCGGACGAGCUUCCAUCGCCGACUAGUUCACCUUUGCCCUCGCCGGCCGAGCCACCAGAGCACACGGGUCCAAUAACGGAACUCGAUCGCAAGGUAAGAAGAGCUACAGAGGCCGUGCAGAGACUUUGCCAGUGCCCCUCCGAGAGAUGUUCCAAACUGAAGGUGCGAAAGGUUGGCGAAGGACGGUAUCAUAUCGCUGGGCGAAAUGUCUUCAUCAGGCUUUUGAAGGGGAGACACAUGAUGGUCAGAGUAGGCGGGGGUUGGGACACCUUGGAACAUUUCUUGGCGAGGCACGACCCUUGUCAGGUGAGGACUCUCAACGCGAGCACGCCGCCUUCUCCUCACGGCAACAAGCACACCAACUUUCUUCCCAUUCGCGCCAAGUAUCGCAGUCCUCCGCCGGAAUCCGUCUCGGCCCGCUAGCCUAAAAGCACAGUGCCUGUUAUAAAUCCACGCCACUUCACGUUCAUAUUGCUGUUGUUGGUUCGUUUCGUACAAGUAGAGAAACAACACGUUCGACAGGGUCAACUCUCGUUCCGCGUUUCUGUUUCUGAAGCAUAAGAGGUUGCAAGGAUACCAAGCUGAUAGAUCGAACAUAUGCAUGCUUGAAUUCUUUAUGGAGUAAAGAAAAGUCACUAGCAUUUUUGGAAAACGGUAUAUCCUCCUUCUUUCCAACUAUCGUCUAUAGUGUGUUGAGGAUUUUUUCGGAUUCGAAAAACUAUCAGCCAAUGUAUCUCUGUGCUACUCUUAUGAUUUAUAUACAUACACUACAGAUUUGUGUACACCAUUAUCUGUCACAUAUGUAUAAAUUAUACAGAGGAUGGCACUAUUUUUUCUUACAUUUAAUACGCCUGGGAAGCACUAACAAUUCACGUAUGUUCUAACAAGCGUGUUAAUAUGUCAUCUUUCUUUAAUAUCGAGGAAACGAUAUUCCUUGAUAUUCCUUCAUUUUCAUAUAUGUAUAAAUCUUGACGAAUAUGUAUAUUGUAUAGAUUUAUUUACGUUCACUCGUUUUUUUUAUACACUCAUAUAAGGUUAUAUUUUGUGUUUAUAUUACGAGCUAUGUACUAUACAUGUACGUAUAAAAAUACGACUUGCGUUUAUUUAUAUAUUUCCUUAUAUAUUCGCGUAAGUUGUUCAUUUAGAAAUACAAAGACUUGCCUUUCAAUUCGUAAACGUUUAAGUGUUACGCAUUCCACGGAUGAUAGGCAUAUUAACGCUUGAUUUGGAAGUUAUCUAACAGAAAUAGAUGGGAGGGCAAUGCACCUGGUAGAGGUAGUCGUAAUACCGCAAUGACCAAAGUUUGUAAUGGUAUACAUAUAUGUCGAAACGACCACGGGCAAUAAUAGUUUAUCGGAAUAUCGAAGGUAACGGUGAACAGUCUGUCCAUUGCGACUCGAACAAUUUGCCUCAGUUUCGAAGUCGAUCUAUGCGUAUAAUUAGAAGAAAGUGCAAUUAAGGACUCAGGUAAUGUUUUAAAUCGAUGUUUAUCAGGCUAAAUAGAAUUACAGGAAAUUGUGCUUUUUGAUCGAACGACUCCGUCUUUUGUAAAAAUGCAAACUUUAAGGGAUAGAUAAUCGUUUAAGAGAUUGCGGGAUUUCUGCCUAUUUUAUGGACAAACGAGAAAAAAGGAAUACACGAUAAUAAUUACUUAUUUGUACUUGGUCAUUGCUGCGGCCCAUAUGGGUGAAUCUCGUAGUGCACUUAAAUAUUUUUCGCAAUAAACAAUGUAAGGCACAUAGAUUAUAAUAAAUAAAAAAACAGGGUCGGUUAAAUGGAUUAAUCGCACGCUUAAAAUAUUUAAGUAUUUAUCGUUAGAUUAUUAUAAAAUAAUCGUGUCAAGAAAUUGACUCGAAAUAUCAUUAUACUUCAUGUUCAAAGAAUAUCUUUGAACUUUUUUCAUUAUUAAAAUAAAAAUCUAACUUUUUACAUUAUUCUUAUAAUUACCGACCCUGAUGAUAAUUCUUACACUUUGGCACAUAAUCGAUACAUAUUAAAUCGGCUAACAUGCAAAAUGCUUUACGAUAACUGCCAUAAUAUAUGUUUUGUACUUUUAUAAUAAAUACGUAGGAUAAGGAGUAACAAAGGACGUAUUGUAUCGAAAUUACAAGGCGAUGUGUAUUUAUUCGGUUCACAGAAAUGCAAGGACACAGUGUGCAAAGGAAUACCAAAGCAAAGAAAUAUACGACGAGCAAUGUCGGCACGUUGAGGCUAUUAACGUUGUCGUUCAGAGCUUUUUGUUUUGUUAGACCUUUUCCUUUCUCUCGUCUAAAUUGAUUUUGUACCAUAGUGUUAUUUUUUUUUAAAUUAUUAUUCGACGCGUAGUCUGUAAUCGUUCUCUACAUAUCUGUUUCCUUCUUUACAUAUUUUAUUUGCAAAGUGUAUUUAUUUGUAAAUUAUAACAGAAUCAAUUGCAAAUGUAACGAUAAAAGCAAAUUUAUUAUUUUUCAUAGUGUCAUUAUUACUACGCGCGAAUGAAACUAUUCCGCCAUACUAUAUUAUUAUUAUCAAAAAUGCGUUAUUUGAUAAGUAUAUGUAUAUGCUACGGUUAAGUUGUAUGUACCUGUUUAAUUCGACGGAGAAUAUUUUAAAAUAUUUUUCGUCAAACGAAAUUUUAUAUUUGUGGAUAUAAUACCAUGCGUUUUGUUUAUAUUAGUUGCUAUCGUGUAAAUUCAUUUAUAUAAUGCUAUAUUUUUUGUUGAAAAGUGAAAUGAACUUUAAUUAUGAAUGAAAUUAUAAAUAUUUCAUUGCACGAUAGGUAUCUUUGACACUAUCCUCAAAAUCAUAUCUUGUUUAUUUUUUCAUAAUUCGUAAUGUGAUAUUGUUAUAUAUCGCAUAUUCCACUUUUUUACUUAAUGUUAGUAAUCAAAACAUGCUUUUGUGAAAGUAACUCAUAACUAGUUCGUAUAUUUCAUAUAACGUACAUACAUAUGCCGCUAAUAAUGUUAGUUUUAUUUAAGUAUGAUACUAUUAUGUUAAUUGUUAUAUUUUGUUGAACAAUAAAAUAUUUAAUUAUGAA